GGACAUUUUAAAGGUUUUCUACAGGUUCCCAAGUAUUUUCUUCAUCGGGAUAGCCUUCCCAUUUGAUACAAUAUUAUAAUUCAUUAGUUUCAGGAUCAUAUCUCUUACCAACGACUUUUUCAACAUUAAAAAAUUAAUACUCUGGUUUAGACUUUUUUUAGUGUUUCAUUUAUAAUUAAUUAAAAGGGAUAUAAGAGUUAAAUAAAUUCCUUUUUAAAGGGAAGUUAUGAAAAUAGGCAGGGCAGUAUUAUUUAAACAUAUAGUUUUUGUUAGCUUAGGAUAUAGGAAGAUGAAGUUGAACUAGAAGGAUUUAAAUAGAUUUGGAUGAU